AUGCGCCUCCCCCGCUGUCUCUUUACGGCGUCUGUCGUUGUACUAUGGAAAGCUGCUGGAUCGACGACUGCUCGAGUCAAUGAGACCGACGGUCCUGCUCUAGCCAAUCAAGCCAACGAUCCUGCUCCCGAAUUGUUGACUUUCUCUUCUCUUCAGGAGGCGCCAGCGUCCGUCGUAUCCGGACCUUUAGAGCUAGACGAUGCUUCAGUGGACACGAACAACCGCGUCCAGCUGAACGAAGAGGAGCGAGUUUGGACACUACCGUCUCCGUCUGACGCUUCUGGAGCACUGCAAACCGAAAGAUGGCUUCUGAAGUAUUAUCAUCCAGAUGACGCGUUCCGGCAAAUGACCCAGCAAGUAUCCGGAAAGAUACUUUCCGACACGGCGAUUGUUAGUUGGCUGGAGGAUGUUCACAAGUACCGAACUCAAAACAUUUACAGCACUAAUGAGGUAGUCACGAAGCUAUGGAGUGUCAGAAACGACAGAGAGUUAGAGGCGCUUUUUGAGGCGAUUCGAGACGGCACUCACAUGAAGGAUUUCGCGAACAAACUCUUAGAAGAGCUAGUCCUGGUGCGCAACAUGUUCGAUAGGUGGCUGUCGGUGGAAACGAAUCCUGCAGAUGUCUUUGAUAUGUUGCUUGUCGCAGAGGCGACAAGCACGAACACAGUACCUUCACGUCGCGCCCGACGGGUGGAGAGGUCUAUUAAUCCCUGGAAGCUGCCAUUGUGGAUUCAUUACGUUGGUUUGUUCCGUGCUAAAAAUCUUGACUAUAGCGACGCUGACGUAGUCAAGAAGCUGGCGAGUGAAACGGCCUUCCAUGAGCUGCCGGCGCUUCUCUUUUCGCUACGACGUGUCAGAGGUAUGAAGAAUUUUGCCGACAACUUACAACGAGCACUACUGGAGAUUCAUCCCUCCGCCUGGAAGACGAUGUUCAUGAUUUGGCUGUCGGCAGAUGUGAACGUUUAUGAUGUCUACCACAUGUUGCCCGUCCCAGCGACGCCGAAACCCUCGAGCUCACCUAUCUCGCUGGUACGAUUGUUCCCCCUUCUCAAACGGCUUAAGCUGUGGCUAGCCUAUGUCGACAGGUACGCCGCUAAGAUCUCAUCGUAUCCCGAUGCUAAAUUGUCUGAGCUGGAGAUGGAGAUAGAGGAGGGAGCAGUGUACGAGGUGGACGAUUUUUUCGAUUGGAUUCAACGCUUCCCUAGCGAGGAAGAGCACUCCGACUACUGGCAAAAGCUGUCACUUUCAGAGUACCCGGAUGCCGUCAGUAAACUGCUAAGUGCGUGGCAAAACGAAGACAUGGACCCCGCAGACGUCUUUGUUCUAUCACUACGAUAUGUGCUGGCCUCUCCUCUAGCAGCAUCGGAGAAGUCAAAGAAGUCGAUGAUCCAAGAGCUGCUCGUCCAGUGUUUUCAGUAUGUUGAACACUACAAUCAUGAGCACCCCCGGUCCGAUCCUGAGCACUUCAGCGAUGACAAACUAUUGAUGCUUCUCGAGUCCAAGCACGUAAUCAAUGAUGUGGGCAGCAUCGUUCAUAAUGAGCACGUACCGAAGGACGUUGUAAAGAUUAUUCAGCAAUAUUGGCUUCCCCCGGACACGCCGAACUUGGGACCUUAG